GGCGGUGGCGACUUCCUGCAGCUGCUUAGAAAGUUUUGAUGUGGAGCUGUCACGACAAGCUUUGCACACAGUGCAGGCCAGUCACACAUGACUGACAUCAGAACCCGGGAAGAAUCUUGUAAGGGAGGAAGAGAGAACUGGUGUUUAACGCCAAGCCAGCAAGUAAGACUAUAUGAGGGCAAGGCAGUCAGCCCUGUAAACAGACGCCACAGACACAGAAAGAACAGCGAGUCCGCGACGGGAGCUGAACCCAGGACAGCCAACCUUCACUGUGUUGGUGACAGGCGACAGUCGUUGCACCACCGGGCCGCCUACGAAUCUUGUAGACUGAAGAAGUUGAGUGGAAUAGGUAGAACAGUCAACCCGUUUGUCUUCGGGGCUAUCUUUGACCGAUCAUUCGUGAUCAGGCGAGUCACCUCAAGCAUGAUGUCGCUGUCCUCAGCUUGGCGCACGUCCAUUUGCGUGACACUUGUUACAGGUCAGCCUGUCAUGUCAUCUGGAACACGUCAACAGGCGAGCCUCCCUACUACACGGAGUUUACAUUCAAGUUUUCUGUCCGGACGAGGUGCCACCUCACUCAAGUCCUUUUCCCGUCCUGCCCGCCAAGGCGACCCGGAAGAACAGCCGAAGAGAGAUGCGAACUUCCGUUUCUUUGUAGAGGGAGCGGCACCAAGCGGGGGGCCAGGAAUGCGGCUGCCCUCAGCUGAGCACUCCACUCACUGCUCCUGGCCUGACACCAACAUUAUCGCCGCCUUCGUCUGGGAUGCUCGCUCAGGAAUUUCCUCGGUCCUCAGCGACCCUCUGCAUCUUGCAGGCCCACCCCCAUCCCCACUACCCCCAUCCUUGUGGCUACUUAGUGAAGUGAACUGA